AUGGCCUCCUCCGCCGCCGUCUCUUCCGAGAACAAGCAGCAGGCUCCACCUUCUCACGUUGACGACGACGACUACACGUGGGUUUGGGUUGAUGAGAAGGAGGCGGCGGCGGAGGACUAUCUCCCUGCUGAUCAUAAAUCCCCUAAGAAUAUUAAUGAUGACAAUAAGAAAUCAGUAUCACAAAGCACCAAUAGUAGUAGUACUGUUUGCGGGUUGGUAUCGCUGUCGGAGCUUUACCAUGACGGCGGCAGUGGUUACGAGUCCGGGACGGAGGAGGAGAGGGCGGAGUUCAUGGAGGAUCUCAAGUCCUUUUACAGAGGCACCAACAUUUUCCCAUUGCUUGAUACCUCCCGCCCUGCUGCUGAUCAACACCUCAAUCUCCUCAAGUUAUGGAGGGCUGUGACCAGACUUGGAGGCUAUCAACAGGUGACAUCAAGCCAGAUGUGGCGCCAGGUUGGUCAGUCACUCCGACUCCCUAGGGGUGUCUCGUGGUCGACAGUACGAAGCUUGUAUGAGAAGGCACUAGUUGGGUAUGAGAAGCAUAAACUGCCCAAUACUACUAGUGCUGAUCAGCUGCUUCUCCCUAAUGGUCCAUUGGCUGCUCCUGAAAACCAGCAUACUGAUGAUCGAAUGGGUUGGCAAUCCGACAGCUUCAUGGAUUGA